ACGUAGUUAUUCGGCUAUCACUGGCUGUACACUGCAUGGAGAUGUAGAUCGAACUGUGUUUAUGCAUCAAUGAGGUCAUCUUGUACCAUCUCUGACUUUCUACAUGGACUCCCAUCCGAGGGGCGCACUAGUUAACCGAUUACUGAUGCCCAAUUAUAUUGACUGUUGCAGAAUGUCAAUUCACUGACGCUCCAUAUUAGGCCUACACGGAAAUUAAAGUACGCACAUCAUUCAAAACGCAUUUACUGUCUUCGCUAAUUAUUGCCCUGAAUUGACUGAUAUUUAUAAGUGCUUUUGAGCGACCGUUAAUUAUUUAGAAGUGAGAUAGGCCUACGCAGGAGGGGCGCUUGUGGUAGCAUUGUUUCUCAUUCCAUAUUGCUCAGAUGAUGAUUCCAUUACCGACGGAAGAACCUCUAAAAUUCCACGCAUAUCAACGUUGUGUGAUACAUGUGCAAUCCCUACUCAACGGCAAUCCAGGUGAGAAUGCUUUGCUUCUUUUUAAUGUCGAAGAAAUUUUGAAUUAAACACUCAUUGCCAGCAUUCUACAUGUAUAUACUGUCGUUGUUUUAUUUAGUGAACCACCACGAAAUGCCAUUUAAUUUGUCCCCUGUCCCGGAUUCCUUCGUUGCUAUAGGAACAAAGUGUCUCGCAACACAAUUAAUGUGUGCAUAUACUGUAUAAUGCACUGUGAACAUGGUAAAAUCUUAUAUUAUGGAGACAAUUCAAGACUGUGGACACCGGGGUCUCUGUAGUUUGAAUGCUCACAGUUUGUUAGUGGACAGUUUUAAGAUGAAAUAACGCACUGUAAGCACAUUGUGAACCCACUGUGAACAGUCUGUGUACACACUGGACGCAUUAUGUGAUCACACUCUGAAUGCACUGUGAACACACUGUGAAUGCACUGUGAACCCACUGUGAAUGCACUGUGAAAAGUCUGUGAACACACUCUGAACCCACACUGAACGCACUGUAAUCACACUGUGAAUGCACUAUGAACACACUGUGAAAAGUCUAUGAACACACUCUGAACCCACUGUGGACACACUGAACGCACUGUAAUCACACUGUGAAUGCACUAUGAACACACUAUGAACAGUCUGUGAACGCACAUUGAACCCACUGUGAACAUCAUGUGAACACACUGUUGAACAGUAUGUACACACUGCACUGUAAACCUCCUGUGAAUACAUUGAAAGUACUGUCAACACACUGUAAACAUAUGUGAACCCACUGUGAGCGCACUGUGAACACACUGUGAACAUAUUGGCACUUCAAGUGACAUAACCUUGAUAAUAUAACUACCCAGAGACAGGUAUGGAUACUACUGAAUCUCUCGUCAACCUUUCUCAAUCUGCAACAAGCGACCCGAUAACAAAGGAGACGAAGCCGCUUUUAAUCGCAUCAGCUUGUAUCCUCAUCGUCAUCUGUUUCAUCGGUGUCGUCGGGAACCUGUUUGUGAUCGUAGCAGUGUUGUUAUCCCGUCGUCUCCAUACCGCAACCAAUGCUUUCAUCGUAACACUGAGCUGUGUCGAUACCUUGAGCGCUCUUGCUCUACCGUUUCAGGCGGGGGCGCUGCUCGGCGCCGCGAGCAGUCAUCAGACACCGUAUAUCCUGGUCUGUGAAGUGGUGGGUGCGUUGACUUGUGUCGUCAACUUCUGGAGUUUCAGUCUCCUCGUCAUCAUCGCAUUCAACCGGUACGUCGUCGUAACAAGACCGCCUCAAACGCAGCAGAAACUCUUCUCUCCGGGCAAGAUCGCAGCCGUUCUCGUGAUCGUACUGGGUUUUCCCAUUUUGAUGCUCAUAAUCUUCCUGAUAGUAGAUCGUGUUCACUUUGGCUUGUUUAACCAUCUAUGUGGUGUCGUUAAAGGAGCCAUGUUCAAUUACCUCUUCGGGGCAUGUACUUUGACAUCAAUGGCUGCAAUGGCCUUCUGCUACAUCAGUAUCUAUAUGCACGUUCGAGAUCAUGUACGGAAAGUCAGAAAUAGCAUUCGUGCGAGCACUAAUAGCAUAAGGGUACGCAGAGAAGAACGACGUGAUCUUGACCAGCAGAUUACGAGGAACCUCUUCACCGUUGUCCUGUGUUACUUUGUGUGUCUUGCUCCUGCAACGGUGACGUUUUUCACAAGCAUUCAUCCGACAUUGUUUGUAAUUUUCUUUCUUAUCAUGUCGGUGAAUUACUGUUUGAAUCCGAUCAUCUAUGCGUGGAGACAUCCGGUGUUUCGAAAGGUGUUCCGUUGCAUGCUAACACGUCGCUUUGAGGACAUCGAAGAUCCAUCACAUUGGGUCCGAAAUAUGCUUACUCAGUCGACUUAGGUUUUGACAGCAUUUCCAAAGGACUUAUCAGCGGCAAGAUAAGCUCAAUUUACUCAUUGGAGUAUAUCAGAUCUGAGCAAUGGGGGCGGCCGUGAUAAUAGCAAUAUAUUGAGUUGAAAUUCAAAAAUUUAUGGGCCCCAAUAUCUCAAUUUGCUAUUACUUACAAAAAAAUACUAGCCUAUCGUACUGGCUUAAAGAGGUACUCUGGGCUGAAAAUAUUUAUAUCUAAAUAAAUAGAGUUAAAUUCACAAAUCAAAAUCUGAUAAAAAAUAUCGAAUUUAUUGAAUUUUAAAGUUUAGCAUUAUUUUCUUAAAAUAGGUAUAUGCACGUCGUCGUGAAUAUUCAUUAGGUGGGUUGAUGAUGUCGCAUCCCACUUUCCUUUUUCUUAGGCUAUUACAUGAAAUCAUAAUUGUUUCCUUCAUGUGUGAAUUAUGUGUCUCCUCUAUAAUGAAAUAAGUUGCAGCAAUGAAUAUAUAAUGCACUAAAUCAAUUGUCAAUCCAAAAUUGUCAGUUAUUGGUAGAAUGAAUAAACCUAAUUUCAUGUAAUAAAAUACAAAAGAACAAGUGGGGAAAUGACAUCAUCAAUUUGCUCAUUGAAUGUUCAUAAAGACAUGCCUGGAACCGUUUCACCGAAAUAAUGCAAAUCUUUAAAAUGCCAUAACUUUGUUAUUCAUUUUCCGAUUUUGAUAAACUUUUCAGUGUUUUAUUUGUCUGAUUUUUCUUUAUCUCUUUAAUUCAUAUCAUUUCCAGCCCGGAGUAUCCCUUUAAGUUUAUUUAUUUUUGGGACUUUUCGUGUCUCUUGAUAUCUGUUUAACAUGAAGAAAAUGGGCAGUGACAAAGAACAAAUAUGGGGUAACAUGGAACAAAAUGUCAGUGUUAAAUUACGGAAGAUUAACGACAGAGUAAAGCUUUAUGUCCAAGUAACAAUCAAACUGCCCAGAGGCGAGAUAAAAUUUGAAGAGUUCCAUUUCGUUAAAUCAGAAGAGGGAUCUUUUCACCAAGAAUUUUAUAAGGAUGUCUUUAUUGAAUGAAUUACGAGGCAAAUUUUGCUUUAGAUAUAACUUCGCAGUAGGUGGGAGCAGUAUUUCAACGGACUGGUUUAAGGGGGAUAAUACGAUAGAAGAGGAUGCACUUAAAGGACAAGUCCACCCUCC